AUGUCUAGGCGGAAGGUUAGGAAAGACAGUAACGAACACAAAGGAAACGAUUUCGAUCCAUUUCAGCUUACUGUUGACGCUGACCAACUAAAGUUUGAUGAUGCUUCUCUGGAGAAGGAACUGAUUUCUAUACUUGGAAGUGACGAGGUUGAUGAAGAACCUAUAGUUGAAAUGCCAUCGUCUUCCCAUUCAAAGAUAAAAGCUGAUUCCCUUCCCUCUUGUGAAGAAUUUGAGUUACUGCAGCAGCUGGAAACGACUCUGGAAACCAGUGAUGAUAAUGGUGACGCCAAACCACCACCAAUUGACACAUCUUCGUCUCCUAAUGAAGGUUCAGUUACUCACAAAAAUGAAACGCUGUCGAUUAUCUUGGAACGCCAGGCAGCUUUUGAGAAUAUCAUUGAUUCGAUGAAAUCCUCUAGUACUCUCAUAGAUAUAGAUAGGGCUUGUUUACAUCGAUAUGAGCAAUUACUGGCCUUCGUGAAGACCAUGGCAGAGAAAGCCGAACGUAAUGGUCCUGUUGACUUGCGGGACCUCCCUUCUGUCCCAUCAUCACCUUCAUCAUUUAAUUCAGGACCGAUGACUACGUCACGACGAAAAACAGCGGAAAAUAUUGUUUUAGAUUACGUUACAGGCGAGACUCCGAAAUCGAGAUCUACCUCCUCGUCGGAUUCAAAAGAAGCGGCUUUCGUUAGGGAACUAAAAGCACGCCUUACUGAAUACCGAAACGCAGCAGUAUUAGCUCACAAGGAGGGCAAGAAGCCACGUGAGGCGGAAUUAAUGGUGGCAAUUAAUGCAUUGGCUGAGGCGAUCCCCCGAAUCGAAUCGGGUGUGGAGCAGUUCGAUCCAGCCGAUAUGCCUCCACCUCCUGAGCAGUUUCACCUUCCUCCUGAGGCGCUGGCGGAGGUCACUGAAGGCAUCCAGCAGGGUUCUUCAGCUGCUCAGUCAUCUGCAUCGCCACCCUUAGGAAAGGGGCAACCUCUCGACCCUACUGUCGCUGCUAUCACCAAAGUGGCUUCUUCUACUGUAGCCAGUAGGGAAUCUCUUACGGCUAGAAUACAAAUCCUUAAGGCAAUGAUCCAAAAAGCCGACGCCUCAGAUAAGCGCCUUUACGAACGGACUCUCCAAUCCUACAACAAAGCUCUGCGUGCCUUUGAGGCGGGUAUUAAAUUCAACUACGGUGGGCUCAAUCCCCUACCGUCUUGUCCGCAGUUCACCUCCGCCGCACCACCACCACAACCUUCCACCGCUCCCACCACCUCGCCCGCAGCCGGUCCCGCGUCAUCGAGCGAGUCGCGAAAGCUAGAGUUAUUACGUAAGCGCCAAACAGAGUUACGUGUAGCGGCGGCCCAAGCCAAGGCGCGCGGGGACAUGGGUGCGGCGCGGGAGUAUCUACGCUCCUCGCUGAGCAUGAACAACAUGAUUCGCUCUGUGAAUGCGGGUCUUCCGAUCGAUUUAAAGCAGCUCCCGCCUCCUCCUGGAGCGUCUAUCGCCCCGACGGGCAGUUCACAGACACAACCCAUCUUAUCGGGUGUGGCUUGCGCUCCUCCGGUCGAGUUUCAAACGGCUCUGGUGACUGCUGGAAAUGACCCUGUAGCUAUCUGUGAUCAGUUAAUAAAUCAGUUAGAAGCCCAAGCAACCGAAGCGGAGAUUUUGUCAAAAGAUCACCGUGAAGCAGGCUUAUCAAAUCUUGCUGACAAGUUCUUUGAUUUGGCUGACGUCUCGCGCAAGUGGAUUGCUCUCACCACCGCCUACAAGCGCGGUUCACGGGUUCCCAAGUACGUCUUUGAGAAGGCCAAUCUUUCUCGUCUCAACAUGAAUACUGACCUUGGUGAUGGAGUGCUGGAGGUCACAGUGGUCAGAGGCAUCUCCCUCCCCGUGCCUCCGGACCUCAGCGGUCCCUCGGCACUGGACACUUACGUUACCCUUGAACUACCUUUUCCGUCUUCCGAGACCCCGCAAAAGCACUCCACAGAGUGGGCGCGCCACACGAACGAACCGACCGAUUAUGGUGGCUAUCAGGCCUCUGCACGGUUUGAGGUGAAUAGGAAGGCUAGGUCCUAUGAGCGUCUGUUGCAGGGCAUCAAGUCGCUCAAAGCCACAGUUUACUACAACCGUGGACUGUUAAAGCGACCGGCGGUAUUGGGCACGGUGACGGCGAAAUUGACUGAACUGAUGGCCAAUGCCACACAUACCGCCUGCUAUGAUCUGAUGGAUGGAAGAAAAGCUGCAGGAGGCCUUCUUGAAUUGCGUUUUAGGCAUCGAACACCGCUUCAUGGUGCAAAAUUCAGCGCCUAUCAGAAGCCUUGGCUGUGUAUUUCUACGUCUAAGACCAGACCGAUGCCGAAUAUCAAGAAAUGA